UCCCCCGGGAUAUGACAGCGAGCGGAGCUCUGGGCAAAUCUACAAGACUAAUCAGGCCUGAAGCCUAUCUCAUCAACUUCUUGAUAACCGUGGCAUGAGAUGCCCAUACUUCCUCACUCAGCAUGACAAUUACAGCAGCACUGUACAUUCCUUUAGUGGGGUGGGCACCCAGGGAGUGGAAUAUCCCCCCCUUCAGAGCACAUCAUAAAUUCUUUUAAUACAGCUGUUUUCCACUGUGUUUUUGGCAUCAUCCUAAGUUGGGGGCUUGGAAUAGUAAGGGGAUUCCACUCUAUAGCUGACCUAUUCACACUCUCUGUGGAAACAUAAAGGUGGUCCUGAAAUCCCCACCCUACUAUUCCCUCCUGCCUCCUUCGUACACACCCUGUUCCUGCCUGCCUUUUUUUUCCCAGUCCUGUUGUUACAUUUUUUUGGGAUAGACUUUGGGCUUAGUGUCAGACUGACAUCUCAAGACGAGAGAAGGAGGCAGACUGAGAAAUACAGAAAGACUAGACUGUAUAGAAAUAAACCAAAGACUCUUCAUAUUACCCCAAAAACCCACAGGUGAAGUAAAGAAAAGAUAAAAACUUAAACAACAAACUGUGAAAAUGUUCAGCUGGAUGAAGAAGAAUGAGAAGAACAAGAAGAACCCAGAAGUCAUCCAUACGGUCACUGAGGGUCUUAAAGACCUAUAUAAGAAGAAGUUGAAACCAGUAGAAGAUUACUACAGGUUUCAUGACUUCCAUUCUCCAGCCUUGGAAGAUGCUGACUUUGACAACAAGCCCAUGGUGUUGGUCAUGGGGCAAUAUUCUACUGGGAAGACCACCUUCAUCAAGUAUCUCCUUGAGCAGGACAUCCCAGGGAGCCGCAUUGGACCUGAGCCCACCACCGACUCUUUUAUUGCUGUUAUGCAUGGAGAAACUGAGGGGGUCACCCCAGGCAAUGCGCUGAUGGUAGACCCCAAUAAACCUUUCCGCAAGCUCAACCCUUUCGGGAACACUUUUUUGAACAGGUUCAUGUGUGCCCAUCUACCCAACAAAGUGUUGGAAAGCAUCAGCCUAAUAGACACUCCAGGCAUCCUGUCUGGGGCCAAGCAGCGGGUAUGCAGAGGUUAUGAUUUUCCAUCCGUCCUGCAGUGGUUUGCUGAGCGAGUUGAUCUCAUCAUUCUACUUUUUGAUGCCCACAAGUUGGAGAUUUCAGAUGAAUUUUCUGAGGCCAUUAGAGCCCUAAAGGGUAAUGAAGAUAAAAUACGCGUUGUCCUGAAUAAGGCCGACAUGGUGGAAACCCAGCAGUUGAUGCGUGUAUAUGGUGCCCUGAUGUGGUCCCUGGGUAAAGUGUUCAACACACCUGAAGUUCUACGGGUCUACAUAGGCUCCUUCUGGUCUGAGCCCUUAAUGAUUUCCAACAACAGACACUUGUUUGAACUCGAGGAGCAGGACUUGUUCCAAGACAUCCAGAACCUGCCCAGGAACUCUGCUCUGCGCAAGCUUAAUGACCUGGUGAAAAGAGCGCGGUUGGUUAGGGUUCAUGCUUACAUCAUCAGCUACUUAAAGAAGGAGAUGCCAUCUGUCUUCCGCAAAGGAAACAAGAAGAAGCAGCUUAUUAAUGAGUUACCUGUAAUUUAUGCCAAGAUCCAACUGGAACAUCAUAUUUCUCCUGGAGAUUUCCCUGACUGUGCCAAGAUGCAGGAACAGCUCAUGAUCCACGACUUCACCAAGUUCCACUCCCUGAAGCUGAAUAUGAUUGGAAUUCUUGACGAGAUGCUGACGGUUGAUAUUGCCAAAUUAAUGCCCCUCCUGCGCCAGGAAGACCUAGAAACCACUGAUAAUGUCGUACAGGGAGGAGCCUUUAAUGGAACCCACAACGGUCCUUUUGUUGAAGGCUCCACUGAGGGUAUCUUAGAAGGCAUUGAUGAUGAGGAGUGGGUGGUUACUAAAGACAAACCAAAAUAUGAUGAGAUCUUCUUCAACUUGGCUCCAACUGAUGGCAAAUUAAAUGGCACGAAGGCAAAGAACUGGAUGAUAACAACCAAGUUACCCAACUCUGUCCUUGGCAAGAUAUGGAAACUUUCAGAUGUUGAUCGUGAUGGUAUGCUGGAUGAUGAAGAGUUUGCUUUAGCAAGUCAUCUGAUUGAAGUCAAACUGGAUGGGCAUGGGCUUCCUCCUGAGUUGCCCAGACAUUUAGUUCCACCAUCCAAGAGGCGACAGAAGGGGUCUGCUGAAUAAAUGUUCUUGAGCUUCAAAAUUUUUGGCCUUUAACCCUGACCUAUUGCACACCCACAAACUUGAUGUCCAUCGCAGGAACAUUCUCCAUCAAAUGAUACUAACCUAAGAAAAUUAUUCUAAAGGCACACUGUCUGCUUCUAUAUAUAUUCAAGUUACUUACCCUCAUUAGAAUCUCAGAGCUCCUCACAUGGAUGGCAGGAAAUGUAAUAAAAAGAGGCCUAUUAUACCAAUACUGGGAAACGCAUCCAAUAGAAAAACCCAGGUCUACCACACCACACAAACUUUGGCCAAUGACGUUGAAUUCCUGGACUAUGAGAUGGGACAAUACAUGACUCUGGAACCACACACAUCUCUGCUAGAUGAAUAAUGUUAGGUCGGUCAGUGCUAACACUUAUGACUUAUGUAACCCCCCCCCUCUGUGAUUUUGAGAGCAGCCAUUUUGAACACAACUUCAUUGACGAGGGACAGGUUGGUUAUGUGAAUGGGUUCAGAUAAGUUGGUCAUGUUAUGAAUCUGAGCUAUAUGUCUAUUGUUACAUAAUCUACACUAGAAACAAUGUUGGUAUAUUUUGCUUUCCUCACUGAAUGGAACACCAUAAUGCCUUAUUGCUUUAAAUAUAUAUAUUUGUAUACGUGUUUGCUCAAUAUUAUCACAGGGUUUCUGUAGUCAUAAGAAGAAUGUAUGUAAUUAAUAAAAUUGCAAGGAAAGUUAAAGAGCCCAAUCCUUUGGCACCAGAACAGAGAUUUAUAUAUUGUUAGUCCUCAAGGUGAACUAGGCUGAAUCAAGAUGGAUACACGUGUGCAACCUGGGCAUCAGCACAGGGGCCUAUGGCAUAGGGACCCACUGCUAUAUUAUAGAAAAUCAAUACCACUUCCUACUGUCUGCGACAUAAAACACUACAAUAAUGAUUCCUACUGGUGAAUUGGCACACCGGUGUGGCAUAUGUGUAAAUUUGUAGUCUUGGGCCCCAAAAGAAAUUCUUCAGUAGGCCCGCUACUAAAUGCCAUUUAUAAUACUGGUGUCUAAUUUUGUAUCAGAGGAGCCCAUGGGUUUGGUGUGACUUCUACCCCUUCUCCUCUUAUAGUUAUGCCCAUUUUUUAGAAGUACCAUGAUGUAGACUGUCCAUAGCUAGCAUCCCAUACUAUAAGUAGUUGGAAACCAAGGGACCCACAUACUGUACUGCGUCCCCGACUGUCUGUGCCCGUCUGCUUGGAAUCAAACCUCAUAUUCAGUAUAGCUGUGAAAUUUUAUUACAUCUGUUAUAUGCUGAUAAAUUUGGGAUCUGCUCACAGCCUGGUUACUUCUAAUGACUGAUAUCAUGUCUAUAAAUUGAAAUACUAUG